AUGGAGCCACAAAGAUCCAUCAACAUGACGGCUGCGAUGGAGGCUCUCUCCCCCUUCUUGAAUAAGCCACGGAGGAUCAUCAUCCAGGUGGAGGCGUUCACGUCAGGGAUCGUAUUGCUGCUCCUCCUGCAGCUCAUCCUUGGGUCCUUGAGGCGGCAGUCGACCAACUUCUUGGUUCAAGCUGGUACGUGGGUGACCUACGCUGUGUCGUUCCCAGCUAUCGCCUACACCCUGGGAUUGAUGCAGUCCUCUCCGGUGAAGAAUGUCAUGUACCCCAUCUGGGCUGUCUCAUUGCUGAUGGCCGCUGGGUGCACCAACGCAGUCAAGGCCUAUGAGCUCAACGACAACAGGCAAUGGAAGCGAAGUUUUUUCAAUUUUCUCCAGUAUUUCGUCUAUGUUAUAUCAAUCUCGGGCCUACUUUUCUCCUAUAGCACGGAUAAUUCCUACCGAGCCUCCAACAACUUUGCAACUAUUAAGUCUCCUGCAACUGUUCUCACUUAUCUGGCUGCCACUGUCAUUUUUACAGGACUCAUAGGUAGAGAAUUUGCAUGCGUAUUGGUUGAGGUUGGCUAUUUCAUUGCCAGAGGAGUUGCCAAGUUCAUGAAGAACCUGCCUGCUGAUGAUGGUGAUGGGUUCGAUCCUGCCACCAUGAAAGGCUACAAGUACCCCGUUCAAAUUUAUGGACUUUGGGGUCGUGUCACCAUCGACCAGAUCUGGCACUGUGAAGGCAGGCUCCUCCGCUCAGGUACUGUUCACUGCAAGGAGCUCAAGGACUUGUGUCUGGCUAAAGCCAUGUAUGAGCUAUUGAAGCGGCGCUACUAUGGGUUGUCAUUCGCCGAGGAACACCUUGAUGAAACCCGUGAUUUUGUCUUCAAGGGAUUACUACAAAAUCAGGAUGACUAUGAGAGACCUUUCCGGAUUGUUGAAAUGGAGUUGGGGUUCUGCCAUGACUACUUCUUUACAAAACAUGCUAUCAUCUUUGAACUUGAGGGAGUAUUCUUCUUUCUCUUCCUUGUGAGGAUUGCUCUUGUUGCCACAUGUGUAUCCUUUGUCGUGCAGAGUACACUAUCUGUCAAGACACUUAAAGCUGUCAUUGAAGUGCACAGCAAAAGGGCUGACGAGAUCAUCACUCUCCUUGUUUUGGCCACAUUCCUUCUCACUGAACUUCUUCAAGCUGCAUUCUAUCUGGCCUCGGAUUGGUGCAAGGUGUCAGUUACUUGUAGCUAUCUCAAAAUAUCUUGUUAUCAACACAAUGCUUUCAUUGAGAAGUUUAUCUGCUAUAUUAGCAGAUUCAAAAUAUUUGGGUACUGGAAGAAUAAGAUUGGUCAGUACUCGAUUAUUCCACACAUUACCGCCGCUGAUUCGUCUGGGGACUGUUACCCAGUGAACAAGUUGCAGACAGUAAAGCGGGCUAUUGCUAGGUCCCUAAUAUCAUGCGCCGGUCCACCAACUAAUGGAGAAGGGUCAUUACAGAGGAACGGUGUGCUUGCAGAGUUUUCUUGGGCAUUGCAUGGUCAUUCACAAGCAGAGAUCAUGUUAAUUUGGAACAUCGCCACUGAUUACUGCAAUAUGAUUCCCCCUACUGGAGACGGGGAGCAACUGAAUGGGACAUCUGAAAAUGAACAAGACACAAAGUUCAACAAGAAUGUUUCAGUCAGCCUAUCAAGAUAUUGUGCAUACUUGAUGAAGUCUGCACCAGAAUUGCUUCCAGGAUACUUCGGAGAUACAAAGCUGGCCAUGGUUGAUGUAGAACGCAAAGCAUACGAAGUUCUAGGAUCCCGGAAUGUUGGACUUGGUUUAAAAUGGUGGAAUGUUUUUUCCCUUUUGGUAAACGGGUUUCUACCCCUGGCCUCUGGAUCUAUUGAUGCAUCCCAGAAUAUUCACCAGGCUAUGAAUGGUUUACAAGACCAAGUGGAAGACAGGAGCAUCUUCAUGAGAGGUGUGAAGCUUGGAAAGCAGCUAGAGCGCAAUCCGAGCAGUGCUCUUCGCUGGAAGAUACUUGCGGAUUUCUGGGCUGAGAAGAUCCUCUACAUCGCACCAUCAGACAAUGUUAAAGCACACAUGGAACUUCUCGCAAAGGGAGGAGAGUUUCUCACCCACAUCUGGGUCCUCCUUACUCAUGCUGGCAUCCUCAAGAUUAACAGGGAGGAAGGUAACAACACCAUGCCCAUGCGGCAACCAUCCCAAGGAGAUGUGUAG